AUGGCACCCUCCGAGGAAGUCAAGGCCGGCAUUGAUGACUUUGCCGAAAAGUCAUCCAGGAUGCUUGGGGAGAUCUGGGAAAAUCCCGAGUUGGCUUACGAAGAACAUAUUGCACACGAUACAAUGUGCGCAGCUCUCGAAGCUAACGGAUUUGAAGUAAUACGCCAUGCACAUGGACUUGACACUUCCUUCGAAGCCACCUUUGGAUCUGGUGGUCGCUUGAUGGUAUUUUGUGCCGAGUACGAUGCUUUGCCUGACAUUGGCCAUGCAUGUGGACAUAAUCUCAUUGGCGUCGCAAGCUUGACGGCUUUUCUGGCCUUAGCCUCUGUUCUGAAGGCGACCGGCCAGCCCGGAAGAAUUCGGCUUCUGGGCACACCUGCUGAGGAACAUGGUGGCGGAAAGCUCGAUCUGCUCAAGGCAGGCGCUUUUGAAGGAGUGGAUGCCGCCUUAAUGUCCCAUCCAAUGCCCCAUCAUUACUAUCACGAAAAGCAUGGUGCCGUUGGGGCUGCUGGUGCUCGCCUUGUUGCAAAACAGUCAAAGCUCGCCGAGUACAAAGGGAGAACUGCUCAUCCAGCCGCCAAUCCAUGGGAUGGCAUCAAUGCACUGGACGCGGUUGUUGCCGGAUACAACAAUGUCUCUCUACUACGGCAGCAGAUGCAUCCAACCCAACGGGUGCAUUGCGCUAUCGUCGAUGCCCCUAAAAGAACCAACAUCAUAGCUGGUGAAACGGCUAUUGCGUGGCAGUGUCGUUCCCCCAAAAUGAGUGACUUGCAAACGUUAACGCAAAGGCUCUGUUCAUGCUUGCAUGCUGGAGCUUUAGCCACUGGAUGCGAAUUAGACUUGAAAGACGAAACUGCCUAUUCUGAUCUUCUGAUCAAUGACACAUUGUGCGGACUGUAUCAAGACCACAUGGCCGGUUACUCUCAAACUGUAAUGAAAACGGAUCCGGAAUACAUUCAGGCCUCUACAGACUUCGGCGAUGUGAGCUAUGCAGUUCCUGCGAUCCAUGCAAUGUUUUGUAUCCCAGUCAAGGAAAAGGGCGUCGUCACCCAUCACUGGUCUUUCACUGAAGCUGCAGGCAGUGAUGUUGCGUUCCAAAUUUGCCUGACGGUUGGAAAGUGCCUGGCCCUAUGUGCGUGGGACUUGUUGUCAGACGAUAGCAAAUACGAGGCUGCUGUGGCAGACUGGAAAAUUGCAAGGCGCGAAUAG